AUGGUAGCUUCCAGCCGAACACUCCAAGAUGAAGAUUUGGACGAGGCCGUCAACAUCGCGAGGGAAGCGGCCGAUAUCACGCCUCCCAACCAUCCAGACCUGGCUAGCCGGCUGAAUGACCUUGGGUCUGCACUAGCCAAACGGUAUAGUCGGAACAGUAAGAUUGAAGACCUUGAGCAGGCUAUCAGCUCUAUCGAGAGAGCAGUGGACCUCACACCUCCAGACCAUCCAGAUCUGGCCUCCCGUCUGGACUACCUUGGAAUGAGGCUUGCAGACAGGUGCGAUCAUGCCACAGGCAAGACCGUAGAUCUCGAGCAAUCCAUCAGCUAUAUCCAGAGAGCAGUUGACAUCACACCCCCCGACCAUCCAAACCUGGCCUCCUAUCUGAGCGACCUUGGGGGGGUCCUCGCACAUCGGUAUGAUGAUGUUACAGGCGAGACCAAAGACCUUGAGCAGGCCAUCAGUUAUGCCCAGAGAGCAGUUGACAUCACGCCCCCAGACCAUCCAGAUCUGGCCGGCAGGCUGAACAACCUAGCCGCUACACUUAUAUACCAAGCUAAUCGAACCGGACAAGCCGAGGAUCUGGACGAGGCAAUAAGCAACAUCCAGGGAGCGGUCGACGUCACACCUCCAGACCAUCCGGAGCUAGCCAGGUAUCUGAGCAACCUCGCAUGCAUGCUCUUAGACCGUUAUGAUCGGAGUGGCAGAAGUGAAGAUCUAGAGGAAGCUAUAACCAAUGGCCGGAGAGCGGUCGACAUGACGCCUCCAGACCAUCCAUGGCUAGCCACCCGUCUGAACAACCUUGCAGUCAAUCUCUCACAGCACUAUCAUUUGACCGGCAAGACUGGAGAUCUGGAGGAAGCCAUAAGCAAUUCUCAGCGAGCAGUCGACAUUACACCUCCAGACCAUUCAUGGCUAGCGGGCUAUUUAAGCGAGCUCGGGUGCCAUCUCUCAAAACGUUAUGAUCGCACUGGCAAGAGUGAAGAUCUAGAGGAAGCUAUAACCAAUACCCGGAGAGCGGUCGACAUGACGCCUCCAGACCAUCCAUGGCUAGCCACCCGUCUGAACAACCUUGGAAACAGGCUCUCAGAGCGCCAUGAUCGGACUGGCAAGAGUGAAGAUCUGGAGGAAGCUAUAAGCAAUGCCCAGAGAGCGGUCGACAUAAGCUCUCCGGACCGCCCUAAUCUAGCUACGUUUCUGACCAACCUUGGAUCCAGGUUCUCCGAGAAAUAUCAUUCGACUGGCAAGCCUAAAGAUCAGGAUGAAGCUAUAAGCUAUUCUCAGCGAGCAGUUGACAUCACACCUCCAGACAGUCCACAUCUGGCCCUUAUGUUAAGCAAUAUGGGCGUUAUGUUAUCAGAGCGGUAUGAGCGUACCGGAAAGACUGAGGACCUGGAGGCAGCCAUAAUGACCGCUCAGAAAGGAAUCGACAUGACACCUCCAGACCAUCCGGCGCUGGCCAAAUCGCUCAAUCAAUUCGGAGACUGGCUCUUAAGCCGCUAUAAUCGGACAGGAGACCCUAAGGACAGAAACACAGCCCUCGACCAUUAUUUGAACGCCUGUGCCUCUGCCCCCGCAAUACCUCUUCAUCGUGUGCAGGGCGCUCGUAAAGCAAUUCAACAGUUAGUUGAUCAGGGCGAUCUACAAAGAGCCAGCUCCGUCGCUAAAAUGGCACUCGAGCUCCUUCCCGUGGUGUGCAGUCGCUACUUGAGCCGCAAGGACCAGCAGCAUGCCGUUUCCCAGACAGCGGGGCUCGCAGCAGACGCUUGCUCGCUUUCGAUAAGGGCAGAGAACGAUCCGAACACUGCAUUGGAGCACUUGGAGCACGGCCGGGGCCUCAUUAUUGGGUAUCUCAUCGACGGCCGCGGGGAUACCUCGGAGCUGAGAAAGGUGGCUUCCGAAAAGGCAGACGAAUUUGAGAACCUCCGGUACAAGGCUUUCAGACCCAUCGCGGCGGACGAGUCGCCCGAGGUUCGACGACAAAUGCUGCGAGAGCGCGAAGCAGCGGCCAAAGACUUGGAAGCCUGUCUAGCGGACAUUCGCAGCGUGCAGGAGUUGCCGAACCAUGCCCGGUUUUUGCUCCCACCAUCGGCGGAUGACCUCAAAAGCUAUGCCACAGACGGUCCUAUUAUUGUUGUCAAUGUUACAACCAUUAGUAGCGACGCCCUGAUCGUUACAACGUCAGGGGUUGACCACGUCCUAUUACCGAAACUCGACAAAUCGGAAAUGGAAAUUUACCGCCAAUGGGGCCUAACGAGAGGUGCGAAUAGAGAUGGAAACACUAGUCGAAAGUCGGCGAGCAAGGAUCGGUUUCGAGGGUUUUUGAGUCGGCUAUGGUCAAGCUGCGUUUGUCUAGUGCUUGAAAAGCUAGGCAUGAGCGAACGGCCAACGAGCUCAGAACUCCCCCGAAUUUGGUGGAUGGGUACGGGCUUGGCCGGCUCUCUGCCAUUUCACGCCGCCGGCGAUCAUUCUGUCGGCUCGGUUGCCAACACACUGAGCUGCGCCAUAUCUUCCUACACGCCCAUGAUCAAGGCACUGCGGCAUGCGCGGGAGAAGGCCACGAUGGACAUUGACAAGCAUUCUAUUUUGCUGGUGACCAUGGCACAGACUCCGGGCCAUACGGACCUCCCGGGGGUGGAAGACGAGGAGCGUGCUAUCAUCCGCAUCGUCCAGGAUCCACAUUCUGUGCAGUCCUUGAGGCGUCCGAGUGCGCGUACCGUCCUGGAUAUGCUAAAUGGAGACAUGCUGGAAAGUUUCAACAUUGUGCACUUUGCCUGCCACGGGUCAGCAGACUUGACAGACCCGUCCAACAGCUUCCUUGCCCUCCAGGGAAGCUCCGAUUCCGCUCCUGACAAGCUCACUGUUCAAGCGAUAUCUGAUGCGAAUGUCGAAAAGGCAAGGCUUGCUUACCUCUCAGCCUGCUCGACAGCGGAAACCAGGGUAUCGGAUUUGGCGGAUGACGCUCUGCACCUUGCAAGCAGCUUCCUGGUUGCUGGAUUUGGGCAUGUAGUAGCCUCGAUGUGGCCGUCGAACGACAGAAUCUGUGCGAAUAUCGCGAGUUCGUUCUACCGCAAUCUUCUGAUGAAGGGCGGAACCGAACAGGGAAACAGGGCUGUUGCGGCGGCGUUGCAUUCUGCCGUGCUGGAAGUGCGGUCACAGAACUUGGAGCGACCGCACUUGUGGGCGCAGCAUAUUCACUCUGGCGCCUAG